AUUUAUCAUCUCUGUCUUCAAAGCUAAAAACUUAACCUUUUUCUUGGCUUAUCUUUCCUAAUUAUCUUCCGAAAAAAAAAAGAAGUGAGAGAGAAAGAUUACUUUUUUCCUUUCUGGGCCUCCCUGUAUUCCCCAAGUAUCUGAGCAUUAAAGCCUUGACGUGCUGAAGUAACUGCAUGAUGGACUUAAAAGGUUUAGCAUGGAUUGGAAACAUAUAUGACAAGUUUGAAGCUAUGUGUCUGGAGAUGGAAGAGGUUAUGUAUGAGGAUGCUGUCAAAUAUGUUGAAAAUCAGGUCCAGACUGUUGGUGCUAGUGUUAAGAGGUUCUAUUCAGAAGUGAUGAAAGAUUUGCACUCAGAUUCGUAUGUUGAUCCUGUGAAAGUGGCUGCUGCUGACUUGUCAUUGAAUCCUUAUGCUCACUCCAAAAUGAUACUGAAAGCAAAUGCUAAAAAAGAUGGUAGAGAUACCAAUUGGAAAUUAAGUGAUGAGUCUAAAGUAAUUUCUGGUAAAAGGAAAACCGGACUUUACAGACGUCCGGUAGCCAGUAGGAAAAGCAAUUCUAUGGUAAAUUUUAUGCCACCUGUGACUGGGCCAGUUGCACCAUUUUCAGAGAAUUUAAGAAACCUGUCCUCAUUUUCUCAAAUGAAAAAGAGUUGUCAAAUGGCCUCUGGCUGUGUUGAUGUCUUAUCGCCACCAGCUGGCGCUGAAGAACGCUCCAGAAUUGCAAAUGAGAAGCUUUGUAAACCUAUGGAUGAUACCAGUCUGCCUAUGUCUCGUGCUUCAUUUAAUUCACCAGCUACCGCUGCUAAAACAAUUGUGUCAGUUGUAUCAGCUGAGCAGAAGCAAGCUGAUUCUCCUUCUGAUGGCUUAUCAUCAGAGUCCUCUGCUGUAGGCACAUGUACAAACAGCAGAGUGGUUUCCCAGACUCAGAAGACAAUUGCAACUGGAACAGGCAGCACAAAAUCUGUUGAGGAGGAGGUCUUCAUGGCCCACCAAGAAAGAUUGGAUGACUAUAUCAUAAAUGCAGCCAAGAAUGAUGAUACUGUGGACCCGGACGUGGAAAUUAUUGAGCCGUUUGAUGAGUCAAAAUUAGGGGAAACAUGUGUCUUGGUGGAGGGGGAUGAGCUUCAUUUUUUACCUCAAGGGAAGGGCAAUCACAAAUCCUACAAGAAAAAAUUGCGCGAAGCUUUUUCCUCCAAGAUGAGGUUAAAAAAGAAGGAAUAUGAGCAGCUUGCAGCGAGAUACACCGAGCAAAACUCAAAUCAAGAGGGUGCAGAGAGAGCAAUGACCGAUCGUCCUGCAGAGUCUAACACCAAGUCAUUUCCAGUUCAUAGUUCUGAAACUGAGUGGGAGCUUGUCUAAAUGUGCUGCUGCCGUAAAUAAGAUUGCCUUAGUUCGUACUAUUUGGUUUCCACCAGCCGCAAAUGGAAGCUGACAAUGUGUUAAAAAGAGUGUAAAUAAUGGCCAGCGGAGAUGUUUCGCCUUAAAAAGAGUAUAUUAGGGUUGUAUAGAAGGGGAAAUCUUCCAUUUAAUGGUCUUUACUAUCGUAUGAUUUGCAGAAAACCCAGUUUUAUGAAUGAAUGAAUGGCUUCUAAUAGUAAAUCCCUUGAUUGUC